AUGUACGAUAAUUUAACAACUGAACAAAGACCCACUCUUUAUAGGAACUCUGAUUAGAAACAAUAAUAUUAAAUACCAACAACGGCUGAUUCCCGUUUGCAUCAUCUAACUCCAAUGACUGGAAUGAAGACUUAUGAAUCACCAUCAAAACCAUACGCAUCCCCUGAUCAAUAAACUAUGGCAUUUACGGCAUCGCCUAAUAAUGUGAAUUCAUUUGUUUCUCCAAUAAGACCUCAGAUCCUGCAACCAUAAUUGAUUUCGCCUUAAAAGCCAAUACCUUCAUACAUUAAUCAAUCGCCCUAUAUAAGACCGCAAAUCACUUCAGUGCAACCCAUUUAAUUGCCUGUCAAACCUACAAUAGAAGAGAUACAUAUUAGCGAACAUCCCGUCUAAGUGAUUAGGAGGGAAGAAUUAGAUCGGUCAUAUUAAGAAUAGAUUCAAAAAUUGGAAAAUCAAUUGAAUAGUUUACAGAUGGAGAAUAUUAAGCUUAGAAGUGUUCAAGCAACUGAAAAAAUAUCAAUUGGAGAAGAUGUAACAAGAAUAAAUCAACUGAGAGAGGAGAUACAAAAAUAUAUGAAAAUUGCUUUUGAAUUGUAAUAAGAAAUUGACAUUUGGAAGAAGAGAUACGCUGAUUUCGAAGCUGAAGUCAGAUUUUAAUAUGGAGUAGAAUAGGAAUUAGCCAAUACUAAGAGAGAUAUACAGGAGACCAAUAUCAUUUUGAAUCAUGAAAUUAAAAUGCAAAAGGAUUUAGUGCUGGAAUGGCAAAAGAAAUACAAGGAUCUUGAAUUUAAGAUUUUUGGAUUCAAUGAAGAAAGUAGUGUGAUACAAAAAACUAAGGAAUAGCAGAUUAGAGAAUUGUAGAGCAAAUUAGCUUUGAUGACUACCGAGGUCGAAAGAGUUAAUGUGUUGAAUGAAUAGAAGAAUAAUGAGAUGGAGAGAUGGAAGGGAAGAUUCUAAGAUAUUGAAACUGAGUCAUUAGAGAAAGACAGUCGAUUAACUCAAUUGAAUACUGAGAUGAGUAGAUUGAGAUAAGUGAUUGAUAACCUCAAUAGAGAAAAUGGAUUACUCAAAACCAAGAUCAUCAAUCCAACAGAAUUUCAGAAUAAAAUAAACUUGCAAUAAUAACAAAUUGAAUAAUUGCAACUCAAAAUAAAGUAAAGUAACCAAGACUACGAAAAUUUAUAUUAAGAACACAAUCAAUUACAACUAUAAGUAUAAUUGAAUCAAGACAAUAAAGCCUAAUCAUACAAGGAUCAGAUCGCCAAAUUGGAGUUGGAAUUAAGAAAAGUCCAGAGAACUUUCCUAGAAAAAGACUAGUAAAUAAAAGAGUUAAACGAAAAAAAUGAGGAAAUGGAAAAUAUGUUAUAAAAUUAAUAGUCAUCCCAAUCAAAAACGGAGACUUACGUAACUCACUAUGUUAAUGAGGCAAAUCAAUGGAAAAAGAAGUUUGAAGACUAAAAUAAGAAAUAUUUCGAAGUCCAGGAGAAGUUGGUUUUGGCAGAAACAGAGUUGUAAUCGUUGAAGAAAAGGCAAUAAGCGCAACCAAUAGUCACGUAGACAGUAUACGAAGUCAAAAAUACCUCCUCAGUUAGGACGAAUAAUAAUAACUAGUCAGCCAGAAUUCCUUGA